AUGAAUGAUCCGUGUAAUGUCGCAUUUAACAACUCCAACUAUUCAUUUUCGCCAGAUGACUUCAAGAUAUUUGAAAACUGUUCAAGCGAUUUCAGUUUUUCAGCACGUGUCAAAACGGUGGAAAGUGUAUUUCAAUUCCUGUUUUAUUUUGUGGCCAGCGUUGGAAAUUGUCUCCUUCUCUUUGUUCUGUAUAAAGAUCCGUUAAAACGUUUUCGUAAUUCAACUUCCUAUUUCAUCAUCAACCUUACUUUGGCUGAUCUACUGUCCACCGCCAGCGGAAUUACUGAAGCAGCAAUACAGUUAAAUCCACAAGAUCCAAGAACUGGUCACAUACAGGAAAAUCAAAGACUUGCUGUGUGUAUUGAUGGUAUUGGUAUACAAUGUUCCCUACUAAUGAUCAUGGUAUUUUCUUUAGAUCGUUAUGUGGCUAUCGUACAUGCCUAUUCAUACAAAAACAUUGUGAGAAAGAAAUAUAUUGUAGUCACCGCAACAAUUCUACCAUGGUGCUUUGCAAUCAUCACCCUACCAGUUAUGUAUUUUGCUUCACUUACUGAUGAUGAUCAUGAGUUGCUGACCAGAACGCUUGCAGGCAAUUUUAUUGCGUUAUCGUUCGUUACCUUAACUGUACAUCCCUAUACACAUUGGGUGUUUUUACGAAGAAUAAAAGAUUUGCGAAACUCAAGCUCUAAUCAUAAACAAUUAUUGGAAGAAAAUCUCAAAGUCGCUAAAGUGCUGGCAACUACUGUAUUAGUGGUAUCAAUUUGCCUAAUAAUUUUCAUAAUUCCUUAUUUCGUAGCGUUUUGUUUUAAUGUUGCAAAAUGUGACAAAUGUUUUCUAAAUCAUACUUUCCAAUCAUUUUGGCAAUACUACCCAAUAUUAUCAAGUAUUCGUGUGACGAUCAAUAGUAUGAUUUACGCCUGGCGGCUACCACUAUAUAGAAAAUCCCUGAAAGCUCUUUUUGCUACAAAUGGAAUCGGAAACCGCAUACAUAAUUUUCACCUUCAUUUGAAUGAUAUGAACUGCAGUAAAGGAAGCGUACGCGUGAAUACCGAUACAAUGUCCACCAAAGAUGAAAAUCAAUCUGCAUGUGAUAAAGAUAAUGGAACUAUUGAAAAAUCUUCACAGAAUGAUUCUGUUCUACAAAGCAUGGCUUUGUCAAAUAGUGGAUAUGAUCAAGCAGAAACUAACGUCAACUAA